CCCCGUACCCGCUGCGUCACCUCCUAGCGACCCACACUGCUGCUUGGCGCCAAGCAGCUGCAGCCUUUCUGGAGUUGUUCUGCCGCUCAUCUACGACCCGGACCGCCAGAGAAGCGGCUUCGCCAUGGACAUCAGGCGGUUCUUUGGACCCGUGUCAGGCAAGCCCGCCUCAAACGGAGACAUCAGAGCAGAGGAGAAGAAGAACAAGAAGAGUUCCUCAGAAGAUGAUGGCAAGAAGAAGAAGAAGAAAGAGAGCACCAAGGUCAGGAGUCCCAAAAAUGAAGAGAGCCGCAAAGGCAGCGAGAAGAAAAGAAAGAAACGUCAAAUCAUAGAAUCGGAUUCUGAAGAGGAAGAGCCCGUGACAAAGUCUAAGAAGUCCUCCAAGGAGAAGGCUGCGGCCAGCAGGGCGGGGCCGCCGCCUAAGAAGGAUCCUGUCCAGUACGUCUCUGAAACCGGAGACGUCGGUUUGUCUCUUGAACUUGCAGACUCGGACAGCGACAACUUUCAGAGUCUGAAGCGGGCCUCCAAGUCCAAACAGAGCUGCGCUAACAAAAAGUCAGAAGAGGAGAGUUUCAGUCCAAAAGCCAAGGAGCGAGUGAAGUCUCCUGCUAGUCAGGGGCCGACUGGGGCCAAGAGCCCCAAAGUACCUACGACCCCUAAACUAGCCCCGCCCCCUCAGCCCAAAAAGACGCCCACCUCUGUGCUCGACUACUUCGGCAGGGGAGAGAUCCACCGCUCAGACAAGAAGCUGGUAGCCAGCACCAAACGCAAGGCUGCUGCUCUGGAGUCGGAGGACCUGAUAAGCGACGAGGAAAUGGCCCGGCAGCUGCAGAUGGAAGAGGACACGGUGGAAAAACAAGUCCACGAGGACGAGGAGUUUGCCAGAACGUUGGCCCUGCUGGACGAGGAGCCACAGGCCAAAAAGGCUCGCAAAAUCUCCGAGGAGAAAGCGAGCCCGACCACGACGGCCAAAAAGAGCAGCCCGCUGAAGGCCCUCAGCAGCCCCUCAGAGGACGUGGUCAGUCCGUCGCCCAGGAAGAGCCCGGCUCCCAAAGCCAGCGCCAAGCUGGCUCUGAUGAAGAGGAGGGCCGACGGGAAGGAGGAAGGGGCCGGAAGCAAAACGCCCACUUCACCGUUUAAAGCCAAAGUUUCUCCCAAAAAGGAGCCCCGUGCGCCAUCGAUUUCAGAAACGAAGUUUACGCCCAAAUCAGGAACAACACCAGCUGCACUUAAAGCGUCUCCUAAGAAGCCCGAGAGCACGAGUACGAGCCCCGAAGACGCAGACAAGAAGAAGAUGCACUCUAUGGCUUUCAGGAACUACCUGAACAGAGACGGACCACGGGCCCUGGGGUCAAAGGAGAUCCCACAGGGUGCAGAGAACUGUUUGGAGGGCUGCGUGUUCGUGCUGACGGGAGUCAUGGAGUCCAUGGAGAGAGACGACGUGAAGUCUCUGAUCGAGCGCUACGGAGGCAAAGUGACGGGCAACGUCAGCAAGAAGACCACCUACCUGGUGCAGGGCAGAGACAGCGGGGUGUCCAAGCUGGAGAAGGCUGAAAGUUUAGGCACAAAGAUCCUGGAUGAGGACGGUUUGCUGGAGCUGAUCAGAACCAAACCAGGAAAAAAGUCUAAGUACGAGAUCGCCGCAGAAGCUGAGAGCGCCGUCUCAAAAACCAGAACCCCUCCAAGUCAAACCUCCAAGAGCACCCCCAAGGCUCAGAAGACCUCCCCCUCCAAGGGCAACUCCACGUCCCCUCAGACCCCGAGCCCCUCCAAGACCGGCCAGGCAAAACGGACCGGCGGCAGCGGCACCCCAUCGGGGAAAGGCCCCGGCCGAACGGCCCGCAGGGAGCUGGGUCUUCCCUCCCCCUCGUCUUCCUCACCCGCGUCUCCCGAGGAGGAGGAGGGCGCCACUCUCCUCUGGGUGGACAAGUACCGGCCGCGUUCUCUGAAGGCCGUGAUCGGCCAGCAGGGGGAGCAGAGCUGCGCCAACAAGCUGCUCCGCUGGCUGCAGAACUGGCACCGGCACCAGAGCGGGGGCAAACCAGCAGCGCCGAGGUUUGGUAAAUUGGGAGGAGGGAGAGAUGACGGGUCAGGAUACAGAGCCGCUCUGCUCUCUGGACCUCCGGGGGUGGGGAAGACCACCACAGCCGCGCUGGCCUGUGAGGAGCUGGGCUUCAGCUACGUGGAGAUGAACGCCAGCUGCACCCGCAGCAAGAACAGCCUGAAGGAAGUCGUCGCAGAGUCCCUGAACAACACCAGCAUCGAGAACUUCUACAAAGGGACGUCUCAGACGGUGAGCAGCAAACACGUCCUGAUCAUGGACGAGGUGGACGGCAUGGCUGGUAAUGAAGACCGGGGGGGAAUCCAGGAAAUGAUCGGCCUGAUCAGAAACUCGAAGAUUCCCAUCAUCUGCAUGUGCAACGACCGCAACCACCCGAAGAUCAGGUCGUUGGCCAACUACUGCUUCGACCUGCGCUUCCAGAGGCCCCGGGUGGAGCAGAUCAAGGGAGCCAUGAUGUCUUUGGCUUUUAAGGAGGGAAUCAAGAUCCCUCCGCCCGCUCUCAACGAGAUAAUCCUGGCGUCCAACCAGGACGUGCGACAGGUGAUCCACAACCUGAGCAUGUGGUCGGCCAAAGACAAGGUGAUGACGUACGACCGGUGCAAGGCGGACGCCGCCGGCGCCCGUAAGGACAUGAAGCUGGGGCCGUUCGACGUCUGCAGGAAGGUGUUCUCCUCCGGGGACGAGACGGCCCACAUGAGCCUCAUCGACAAGUCCGACCUGUUCUUCCACGACUACUCGCUGGCGCCGCUCUUCGUCCAGGAGAACUACCUGCACGUGCGCCCGGCCGCGGCUCGCGGCGACAUGAAGUCCCACCUGGUCCUGCUCAGUAAGGCGGCCGACUCCAUCGCUGAAGGCGACCUGGUGGACAGGCGGAUCCGCUCCAGGCAGAACUGGUCGCUGCUUCCCACCCAGGCCAUCUACGCCAGCGUGCUGCCAGGCGAGCUCAUGAGAGGCUACAUGGCUCAGUUCCCCGUGUUUCCCAGCUGGCUCGGCAAGAACUCCUCCACCAACAAACACUCCCGCAUCGUACAAGAGCUGACCUCACACAUGAGCCUACAGACCCUGAGCAGCAGGCAGGCCGUGAACCUGGACUACCUGCACUACCUGCGCCAGACGCUGCUGCAUCCGCUCCAGAGGCGCGGAGCCGAGGGCGCCGCAGACGCCGUGAAGCUCCUGGACGACUACCAGCUCCUCAAGGAGGACGUGGACAGCAUCAUGGAGAUCAGCGUGUGGGGCGGGCAGCCGGACCCCUACGCCAAGCUGGACUCCAAGGUGAAGGCAGCUUUCACGCGGGCGUAUAACAAAGAGGUCCACCUGACGCCGUAUUCCCUGCAAGCCGUGAAGAAAGGUCGCAAGGGAGGAGGAGGAGGAGCGGGGGACGAAGAGUUGGGAGGAGGGGAGGAGGGCCCGGAUGAUCAGGAGUCUGAGGAUGAAGCAGAGGGCCUCAAAGCUGACGCUAUGAUCAAACAGAAGAAGAACAAAACAACCAAAGAGUCGACUAAGGAGAAGAAGGAAGCCGGGAAGGGAAAAGGCAAAGGCAAAGGCAAAGCUAAGAAAUGAGGAGGGAAGAGCUCUCCUGGACUCCUUUUACAGACUAACGACUUCUCUGCAGUUAAUCCAGCCGGUAACGAGCAUCAGGACGUAGGGGAACUCUUCAUUUUACUCCAACAGCUGCUGAUGCUUCUUUUUUAACAACUUCCACUGUCUACGCGUUGACCAGACGAUGCACUUAAUGUCGUCCCAUUUAUCACGUCUGUCCACAUCUGCAGGGUCAGGUUCUGGUCCGCCCACUGUAGAUGUAAAUAAUGUGAGCACGGCGAGGAAGAUCUGUUGUUAACUCUGCAUCACAGGAGCGCCUUUGUUACUGUCACCGCUGGGUUUGAUAUUCUUGUAAAUUGCUAUUUUCUAAUAGAGGACUAUGUUGCUGACACA